UUUAAGUUUUACAAGGACAGCAUGAAGUUUGUCACGUGUUUGUUUAUUGUUGCGUCUAUUGGGAUGAUAUAUUGUAUUUAUCUGUAUGCGAUGCGAAAUGCUGAAAUACGCGAAAUGAUUAUUCGGGCUUUAGAUAUCAUUACAAUUGUGGUUCCUCCAGCAAUGCCCGCCGCCAUGACAGUUGGUAUAGUAUACAGUCAAAGUCGCCUUAGAAAGUUACAGAUUUUCUGUAUCAGUCCUCCGAGAAUUCCAAUCUGUGGAAAGAUAAAACUUGCUUGUUUUGAUAAAACUGGUACUUUAACGCAUGAAGGUUUAGAACUAUAUUCAGUCCUACCAAGUCAAAAGAGCACAUUUAGUGAACCAGUGGAAGAUGUUACCAUUUUAGACGCUCAAGACCCAAUUGUACAAGCAAUGGCCACUUGUCACACUCUGACAAGAAUCGAUGGUAAAAUAAACGGAGAUCCGUUAGAUAUUAACAUGUUUGAGUGUACAAAGUGGAUUUUGGAGGAACCUGGCGAUGAAGAAACCAAUUAUGACGUACUGGCCCCAACUGUGGUCAAACCUGACGUAAAGUUUAAAUCAUCUUCAAAAGAAAAGGAAUUUCUUGGUGAUCUGGAAGAUAUCAAUUACGAGAUUGGUAUAAUAAAACAAUUUCAGUUUGCGUCGAGUUUACAGCGCAUGUCUGUGAUAUGUCGAGUUCUUGGAGCACGCAACAUGAAGAUCUUCUCUAAAGGAGCUCCGGAGAAAAUAGAGUCAAUGUGCCUUAGUGAGACAAUACCUCAGGACUUUAAUACUAAGUUAGCCGAGUUUACCGCACAGGGUUUUCGAGUUAUAGCCCUUGCAUAUAAAGAUUUACCAGCGAAAUUUAAAUGGAAAGACGCACAGAAGGUGAAACGUGAACAAGUGGAAUGUGAUUUGACUUUUCUUGGAUUCAUUGUGAUGCAGAACACUUUGAAAGAAGAAACAACACCAAUUAUUUCAGCACUGCAUUCUGCUAAUAUACGUACGGUAAUGAUAACCGGUGAUAAUGUAAUGACAGCCAUUUGUGUAGCGAGAGAGUGUGGUAUGAUUGGUAUCAAUGACGAUGUUCUUCUUUUACAA